AUGUCCAGGAUCGUGUGGUGUCUUCUGCUGGUAUACUGCACUCCAGAUGUAGUCUCCUCAGAAAAGUUUUCAGCGCUUCAGCUGUUUUCUAAGGUGAUUCUAGAAUUGGCCGACACUAAUCUCGUCAUUUGCCCAACUGCAAUCAACCAGGCCCUGGCCCAAGUUUACCUGGGAGCAGCUGGAGAAACAGAAGCUGAGUUGACGGAUAUCCUCAAUAUUCGUGGAACUACGAAAACGGAGGCAAUAGAAGCCUUUCAACGAAAACCUCGUAUUUUAAAUAUCAUCAGCCGAAUGUACUUAAAGAAUGGGUACCACAUUUUGCCCACCUAUCAGAAAAUAUCACGGAAAUACUUCAAUAUCGCUGCCGACAGCAUGGAACUUGGUAUUAAGGGAGCCAACAAGAUCAACCAGUGGAUAUCUUCGAGAACGAGAGGCAGGUUCGCCAACCUCAUUGAUCCUUCCUGGCUAGAUGAUUCGACAAAAGUGGUUAUAGUAAACGUUGUACCUUUUUAUUCGCAAUGGAUGUUCAAAAUGGAAAUGGGUGCCCCAGGCUAUUUCUACAUGCCGAGUGAGAAACGGUCAGUGCCUGUGGAAAUGAUGAACCUGGUAGCAGUCCUGAGGCAUGACUUUCAAAAAAAAUUGGACUCCCACUUAGCGAUCUUGCCCUAUGCCAACUCAUCGUUAUCCAUGCUUCUGAUCGUUCCGCGACAAGCUCAAGGUAUCCAGAAUCUGGAGGACAACUUGGAGCACCUGAGCCUGGUCGGCUUAAAACCCAAAAGAAUACAUCUCUCCUUGCCGAAAUUCAAGGUAAAAUACGACCAAGAUAUGGCCCAGCCAUUAAUGGAUCUAGGAGUAAAGAAAAUAUUUGAGCAAGCCGAUCUCUCUGACCUUACUAAGACCAAGGACACCUUAAGGAUCGACAGCAUAGCGCACUCGGUUUUCUUCAGGGUGGAUGAACAGGGAACGAGGUCCUUGACAACCCCAGGAGCUCAGAAGACAAGAAGUUUUGGGAAUCCCGUAGCGGUAACUUGUAAUCGUCCUUUCCUGUUUGCCGUUUUGGAGAAUACAAAAAUAAUCCUAUUCGGGCGAAUCAGUCGUUUCUAAUAGAAUACAGUGUACCUAAGAUGAUUGUAAGCCGCACACCAUAACAUUAAUUACAUAAUUAUGAAUGAAGCUACAUAAAUCUCAUUUGCUAGUGUCA